AUGGAGAUUGUGGAAGAUCAACCACAAGCCUUUACAGUAGAAGCACCAGAGGAAAUUCCUGCUGAAUUCAUUGAGAUCCUUCAACCACAAGUGGUGGAAGAGGGACAUCCUGUUAAAUUCACAUGUAAAGUUGUUGGAUCACCAAUUCCUUCAGUUUCAUGGUACAAGAACUCCAUUGAGAUUGAACCCAAUCCAGACUUCCAUCCAUAUUAUGACAGUGAUACUGGUAUCUGUACCCUGGAUAUCAGUGAAGUCUUUAUGGAUGAUAGUGGUGAAUUUCUGUGUAGAGCUGUUAAUCCUUUUGGUGAAACUACCACUUCAGCUACUCUUGUUGUA